AUGCCGGUUGCAGUAUCAUCACAAUGGCGGGGCCGUCAGCGGCGGGUCUUUGAGUCUGUCUUCCAGACGGAUCCUGCCCGAUCUACGCCCCAGACAACACCCGGCGGCGUCUUGUCAGGGCCAGGACACCCAUUCAGAGGGCCAGCGGCGUCUUUGUCUGGCCAGCAGUAUCACUCGGAAAGCUAUGGCCAGUAUCACCAACAUGCGCCUGAGGAGCAGACUCUCCACACUCAGACCCCAGCACAGCCACCAUUUCAUCCCAUCACCGAUGUGGGAGGCGACCAUCAAGCGGCAUACAAUCGAGCUUGGCAGAUCGUAACCGCUCGGAUCGCCCUCCCCUCAUCUGCCACGGCAAACGAAUCCUUCGGGGUGUCUUCCGAGGGCGGCGGCACUGGAGUCAGCGACCACAUCACCAGCAGCAGCAGCAAGCGCCGCGCUCGACCACAUCGAGGAGGCGAGACCGGAAUCGGGAUGGAGCCCGGGCCGCUACCGCCUCAUCGGGCUCUGGCUUGGGGGGGCAGUGUUAGUGACGCCGAUUUCCAUUCCGCCUUUGCCCUCCUGGCAAGCGCCGGAUCCAUGCUGCCCCAAGCCACACGCACGGGGGAUGUGGUGGCUUGGCAUGCGCUCCAGACACGACGACAUUUUGCUCAACACGUGAUACCUCUCCUAAAGGGGUGUUUUGAUGAAGCUGCGGCUGUUGGCAGUGGUGAGGGCGGAGAAGAAGAUGAGGAUGAUGAUCCUGAUGGGGGAAGGCCAAGUAGGGAGGAGAAAAGAAAAGGAAAGGCCAAGAGAGAUCCGUAUGAACGGCAUCUGGUGGUUGUCGUGAGCAGUAUACGCACGCUUGAGGCUGCGCUGCGUCUCUAUUUUCACGGGCUAAAUCAGCUGUUGUCUGGGUUUGCCCGCCUUGCUGAAGCUGUCCCCGAUGCAGCCAAAGAUGCUGAACUAUUGAAUUCCCGCUUCCGAAAAGAUCUCCAUGCCCUUGUGAGCGCGUCAGCGUUCGAAGGACUGGUGCCCUCUCUACGAGCUGUCCUGGCACGUUUGGCGGGGACUAUACUGGGGGCCUUAGUUCAUGACGGGACAGAAGCACAACCGGCUCGUCCCGCGCCACCAGGGCCCGACGAUAUCAAAGCGCAGGCUGCGAGAGGACAGCUGCUGGAGCUUGUCCAGCAGCUGCAUAAUGUUGGGCUUACAGGCGAGCAGUUCCAGGCUCUGUUCGCGGAGGCCAUGGGCACGCUGAUGUCCGACUUUGUUGAUGGGGCAUAUGGCGGUUUAUGGUCCGCGUCGGACCCUCGCUCGUUCUCGGCUGCGAUGGAUUCCGUAUCACGCAACGUGUCGUUGCCUACUCUCUCGCCGUGCCUUGUAGCUUUGAACGACUGGGUCGAGAACCACUUCGCCCGGUUGACGUCGGAGGUCUUGAGUUGUGCCUCGGAGAACCCCAUGGGGCCAGGGCCGUUGCCAGUAACACUAGCAGACCUCAAGAUGUACCAGUCCCUAGCCCAGGGUCGUUUGGCGGUAUUGCGGAUUCAAGAGUUGUUUGAUAUCGUCCUGGCUUGGCCGGCAUCACGACCGGCGUUAGAUGACUUGAAAGCUACUCUUACUACCGCUGCUCGACGGAAACAACUGACGGAUAGCUUCUCGCGGGCCCUACGCACCCGGCUGUUGCAUCCUGGUUGUAGUACUCUCCAGAUUCUGCAGACGUACAUCUCUAUUAUCCGGACGCUGCACGCGCUUGACCCCAGCAAGGUGUUGUUAAGUCGUGUCGAGUCGGAUCUGCGGUUGUAUCUUUGCCAGCGCGAGGAUGCUGUGCGUGUUGUUGUUGCGGGUCUGCUCGCCAGUCAUGAGGAGAUGCGUGCAGCGAGGAAGGCUAAAGAUGCGUGGAAGCGGCAACGUGGACAGCAGUCGAAGCGAGGUGAGGGGGGUCAGGUGAAGCACCAAAGGAGGGAUGUUGACCCUUUUACGACGCCUGGUCCGUCGAAUCGGACCUCGCGUGCCGAGAGAACACCAGUCGUGACGCCCGGAACGGAAGCCACGCCUUCUCAUAUCACGUCUACACCAACAGGGACACCGACGGGAGCAGGGACACCCUCUUCUAAGCCACCCCGCUACGCAGCCCCCGCGAAACUCGUCGAACUCGCCCUCCUUCUCAAUAAUGACCCUUCGACACAAUCCCGCCGCGCUGCAGCUAUGGCGUCCGAGGACGGAGACCUAGACUGGCAAGACCUCUCCUGGCUUCCCGACCCCAUCGACGCGGGCGCCAACUACAAACGCCCCAAGCGCAGCGAGGACGUCAUCGGCACGCUGAUCUCGGCGCUCGGGAGCGAGGACGUGUUCAUCAAGGAAUUCUCAACCGUCAUGGCCGAUCGGUUGCUCGCAGGCGGGACGACAGAGCAGUUCGAUCAGGAGCUGCGAGUGCUUAACCUGCUUAAGCGGCGGUUUGGCGAGGCGAGCUUACAGGCCUGCGACGUCAUGGUCAUGGACGUGAUCUAUUCUAGGAAGAUGGACGAAUUCAUCACGCGGGAGGAGGAGGGCAUGAAGGAGCUUGUGGGCCGGGAUACGGGGGGCAUGGAGUAUCACGCGAGGAUCCUGAGCCGGUUGUUUUGGCCGGGCUUGGACCGGGAGCAUUUCCUUCUCCCGCAGGAAGUACUGGAUCAGCAGACACGGUACGAGGCUGGGUAUGAGGCGCUCAAGUCAAGGCGGACGUUGACGUGGUUGAACCACAUGGGCAAGGCGAGGGUGGAGAUUGAGUUGAAGGAUCGCACGGUUACUGUGGAUUGCACUACGCUGGAAGCGACUGUUGUCCAUGCUUUCCAGGGGGGUGACGAGAGCGAUGAGCCGAUGCGGAAGGAUCUCGAUGACUUGUAUGCGCAGCUGCAGAUGGAUGAGGAUCUUAUCCAGGCUGCGUUGCAGUUCUGGGUCGGCAAGGGCGUGCUCCGCCGCGUGGGUGGUGCUCACGGCAAUGUCUACGUCGUCGCCGAAACCCUCCACGAACCCACCUCUUCCACGACAGACCAACCCGCCGGCGACGAUGACGGAGAUGGUAACCGGCCUAUGGACGCUGAGACUGCCGAUGAGUCUGCUGCAGGGACUACAAAACAAGGAGACGGACUAUCGGCCAAAGAACGCGAACGCCGCGAGAUGUACUGGCGGUAUAUCCAGGGGAUGCUGACGAAUGCGAGCGCGAGCAUGCCGCUGUUCCAGGUGGCCAUGAUGAUGAAGAUGUUGAUUCCGGAGGGGUUUCCCUGGAGUAAUGAUGAGCUGCAGGAGUUUUUGGGGGAGAAGGUUGCUGGGGGGGAGAUGGAGAUUGUGGGGGGGAAGUAUAGGCUUAAGAAAUAG